CAUUCUUUAGCUGCCAUAUUGGAAUUCUUAUGGGAGAACAUUACUAUUACUACACGUCGAUAAAUUAAGAAUUGAGAGUAUCUCAUUUAAAUCCUAGUAAAAUUAAUUGACUGAAACCCAAAAGUAUUAUAAUAAUACAAUUACCGUGUUGAAAGUUAACUCCAACUUAGAAAAAUAUAUCAAUCUGCAAAAGUUCUGCCACAAUGGGUUUAACAAUUUCUAGUUUGCUGACACGUCUUUUUGGAAAGAAGCAAAUGCGUAUUUUGAUGGUUGGUUUAGAUGCUGCUGGUAAAACCACCAUUCUAUAUAAAUUAAAACUCGGGGAGAUUGUCACGACCAUUCCAACUAUUGGUUUCAAUGUUGAGACCGUGGAAUAUAAAAAUAUAUGUUUCACGGUGUGGGACGUCGGUGGUCAAGACAAAAUCAGACCACUUUGGCGCCAUUACUUCCAAAACACACAAGGUCUAAUAUUUGUGGUGGACUCAAAUGAUCGCGACCGAAUAAAUGAAGCUGAAAAAGAACUACAGAAUAUGUUGCAAGAAGAUGAACUUCGUGAUGCUGUAUUGCUUGUAUUCGCUAAUAAACAGGAUUUACCAAAUGCUAUGAGUGCUGCUGAAUUGACCGACAAAUUGAGACUUAAUCAACUUCGAAAUCGUCAUUGGUAUAUUCAAGCAGCGUGUGCUACUCAGGGCAAUGGGCUCUAUGAAGGUCUUGACUGGUUAUCUGCGGAAUUAGCUAAAAAAUGAUAAACAAGUGUCCUAAGAUGUUUUUUAUUUAUUAAAUAUUACGUGAUUUCAACUU